CGUUCUCAAAUUUUCUUGAAAGAGAAAAUGAAUCCCUCUCACUCACCCUGCGUUGCCACUACCACUACAUUCCUCAUCCUCUUUACUAUUUGCACACUGCUACACUUAGAGGCCAACGGUGCUAAAUGUAAUGUGGAUGAUGAGGCGGGUCUAUUGGGUUUCAAAUCCGGUAUCAAAUCCGACCCGUCCGGCAUGCUCAAGUCAUGGAUACCGGGUACGGAUUGUUGCAUUUGGGCAGGCGUAAACUGCCUAUUUGACAACAAACGGGUCACAAGCCUGUCUCUAUCCGGGCAACCCGACAAACCCGAAGGCUUCUUGUCGGGUACCAUCUCACCCUCCCUCUCAAAACUCCAAUUCCUUGAUGGUCUCUACUUCCAAGACCUCCGAAACAUAACGGGUCCAUUCCCGGGUUUUCUCUUCAAGCUACCAAAUCUCCAAUUCAUAUACAUAGAAAACAACAAGCUCUCGGGUCGAAUACCCGAAAACAUAGGUAACUUGACCCGAUUGGGGGCGCUGAGUUUAGCAGGGAACCGAUUCACCGGAACAAUACCGAGUUCAAUAUCUAAGUUGACUCAGCUAACUCAGCUCAAACUCGGUGACAAUUUUCUCACUGGGGUAAUACCGGAAGCCAUUAAAAAUCUCAAGAAUCUCACGUUUCUGAGUCUAGAAGGGAAUCAACUCGGAGGUAACAUACCAGAUUUUUUCUCAUCAUUCACAGAUCUCAGGAUUCUGAGACUUUCCCGGAACAAAUUUUCCGGGCAAAUCCCACCCUCAAUCUCCACGCUAUCACCAAAGCUUAGCUACCUCGAGCUUGGUCACAAUUCACUCUCCGGGAAAAUCCCAGAUUUUCUCGGAAAAUUCACGGCACUCGACACACUUGACCUCUCAUCAAACCAGUUGCACGGAACCGUACCAACAAGUUUCAGGAACCUAACAAAGAUCUUCAACCUCGACCUCUCCGAAAACUUCCUCGUCGACCCAUUUCCCGACAUGAACGUGAAAGGCAUCGAAUCGCUCGAUUUGUCCCAUAACAUGUUCCAUUUGAGAGAAAUUCCGAAAUGGGUCACUUCAUCUCCGAUUAUUUUCUCUCUGAAGCUCGCGAACUGUGGGAUAAAGAUGAAGCUUGAUGAUUGGAAGCCUUCGGAGACAUACUUCUACGAUUUCAUUGAUCUUUCAGGGAACGAGAUUUCUGGGAGUGCGAUUGGGCUGGUGAAUAAGACAGAGUACUUGGUGGGGUUUUGGGCUUCGGGGAACAAAUUGAGGUUUGAUUUGGAGGGUUUGAGGAUUGGACAGAGAAUGAAGUAUUUGGAUUUGUCUAAGAAUUCGGUGUUUGGAAAGGUUCCAAAAGGUGUUGUUGGGCUUGAGAAGUUGAAUGUGAGUUAUAAUCAUCUUUGUGGUGAGAUUCCAAAGACCAAGUUCCCAGCUAGUGCAUUUGUUGGAAAUGAUUGCUUGUGUGGUUCUCCUUUGCAACCCUGCAAAUCGUAGUGGCUACUGGCCUUCAUCUUCCUCCUUGUUUUCAUUGCU